UCUUCGGAAAUAAAAGCAUUAAAAGAAAGAAUGACCGCGGAAGCCAAAGCAACCGAGGAGAGAUGGACUCAACGAAUGACCGCGGAAGCCAAAGCAUCCGAGGAAAGGUGGAAUCAACGAAUGUCAGAGAAGAUAAAAACAGCGCAAGGAAGAAUGCCUGCGGAACUCACACGGUUGAAUCCAAAAGAAGUUGAGUUAAGCAACCAGCUUGCCAAAAGUACCGAUGUUGCUACACCUCACAAACGUCCAGCAGAGCUUGCUUGUGAAAAAAUAACUAAUGAUUUGCGAUCGAUUGGAGAGACCACAUUUAAUGACAUCGCGUACUACUCAUUGAGGCUUUAUACUUCUAACGUCCUAGCUGGCCUCUGCAGCGGCAAUUUGAUUGACAAACGUUUUUUAUUAAUUGCAGCAGAAUGCGUAUCAACUGGUAGUUUUACGAAAGUAUCGUGGGACAAUUCAACGUCGAUUAAAAUAAAAGCAAUUCACAUACAUCCCGAUUUCUCUUCAAAAACACCUUCCCUUAACAAUAUUGCUUUGAUUGAACUGGAGAGUGAUGUGGCUUACAAUUCCGAUUGGUAUCCAGUGUGCUUAUACGCAUCCGAAGUGAUUCCAGAGAGUGAUUUGAUGGGAGCAUACGGAAAAGUUCAGAUUGUGACAGACCGGUACACACCUAAAGCCAUCACAAAUAUGUGCACAAAAUUUGCAAUUUGAGCGCACUCAGACUGGCUGGGCAAUAUACGAAGUUCAAAACAAUUUCCCCAAAUUUAUUUUUUUUGGAAUUGUAGCAACGGAUUCUUACAAUUUUGAACCCUUUGUGAUAACAAAAGUGUUUGAUCACUUGAACUUUAUAGAAAGCAUUGUAUGGCCGAAGGGUGGCAAUUGAAUUUCGAAUGUAAUAAUUUUCGAUGAUAAAAUAUGCAAAUAAAGUUA